GUGUUUAUGUUGACGUUUUAUGUUGUUAUUUUAAUUUAUUUUGAUAUUUUCUGACAUGUCGUUGAUAUAUUUGAGAAUUGAAAAAAGUAUUUGGACAAUCUGGCUAUCUUUCUAACUAUACAAUCAAUUAAAAUACACCAUUAUAGUCAAACAAACAGCUUCGGUCCAUGCUAGGUUUACAUUACCGUUAACUCGCUGUUUGUUUACGUUAUGCGACAGACGUAGCAAGCUAACUUACUCAACAACAUGUCUCAGUUGCCAUUAGGAUUUCUCGCUGUAUGAUAAUCGCCAUUGUGGUAGUGAAUGCGAUAGAGUCCCAGUCUAGGUAUGGAGCAGUGUGCGUGUGUGGAGCGGGAGCUGGAGAAGGUGCUCCAUAGGUUCGUCAUGUACGGACACCAGUCAGAGGAACGUCUGGACGAACUACUACGUAGUGUCUGUGAGCUACGGGGACAGCUGGUUACAUUCGGGGUACAAGAUGCAGAUCUUUCGGUGCUGUCGCAGACCAUGGCCCAGUGUUGUAAGAACAUUAAAGAAACGGUACAGCUGCUGGCCUCCAGACACAAGGACAUCCACGGCAGUGUCUCCAAAGUGGGCAAAGCUAUCGACAGGAACUUUGAUGCAGAGGUGAGUGCAGUGGUGGCAGAGACCGUGUGGGACUCACCUGAGAGACAGAAGUACCUGAGUGAGACCAUUGUGGAACACCUGUACAGACAAGGCAUGCUGAGCGUGGCAGAGGACCUAUGUCAGGAGUCUGGAGUAGUGAUUGACAUGAGCAUGAAGCAGCCGUUCUUGGAACUCAACAGGAUCCUGGAGGCCUUGAGGAUGCAGGACCUCAGACCAGCACUAGAGUGGGCAGUAACAAACCGGCAGCGCCUGCUGGACCUGAACAGUACCCUGGAGUUCAAGCUGCACCGCCUCUACUUCAUCAGCCUGUUAAACGGAGGCAUCACCAACCAGCUGGAGGCGCUACAGUACGCCAGGCACUUCCAGCCCUUCGCCUCACAGCACCAGAGAGACAUCCAGAUCCUCAUGGGUAGUCUGGUGUACCUGCGGCACGGCAUAGAGAACUCUCCCUACCGCUCUCUGUUAGAGACCAACCAGUGGGCUGACAUAUGUAACAGCUUCACCAGGGACGCCUGCGCUCUGCUGGGGCUAUCUGUAGAGUCACCUCUCAGUGUCAGUUUUGCGUCAGGCUGCAUGGCUCUGCCCGUCCUGAUGAACAUCAAACAGGUGAUUGAACAGAGACAGUGUAGUGGAGUCUGGACACACAAGGACGAGCUGCCCAUUGAGAUCGACCUGGGGAAGAAGUGCUGGUACCACUCUGUGUUCGCCUGCCCCAUCCUCCGACAGCAGACGUCAGAGAGCAACCCUCCCAUGAAGCUCAUCUGUGGACACGUCAUCUCCAGAGACGCCCUCAACAAACUCACCAACGCUGGAAAACUGAAAUGUCCCUACUGUCCCAUGGAGCAGAACCCGUCAGAUGCCAAGCAGAUCUUCUUUUGAUCCCCCCUCCUGUUUCCUGAAACCCCCUGGAAACCCCCAGGCAAACUGGAGCUCCUUUGAGCUACAGUAGCGACCUGCUACCCCAGGACCCCUGUAAAUCCCCCAUCCUACCUCCUGAGAGAGAGCGAUCUCAAAAGGAUCAUUCAUUCAUUGACAGUCAUUUGCAGCUGCCCGCAGAACUUACUAUAGGCUAAUUCUUGUUAAGGAUGUGAUGAUGCGUUAUCAUGGGGUAUCAAGUUGAGUUGUAGAGUUUUUGGACGACUGCUCUGUUCCUUAUUUCUUUCCUCUAUAUAUCCAUCUGUAGGCUUUCCUCAGAACACAGAAUCCUCUAUAUAUCCAUCUGUAGGCUUUCCUCAGAACACAGAAUCCUCUAUAUAUCCAUCUGUAGGCUUUCCUCAGAACACAGAAUCCUCUAUAUAUCCAUCUGUAGGCUUUCCUCAGAACACAGAAUCCUCUAUAUAUCCAUCUGUAGGCUUUCCUCAGAACACAGAAUCCUCUAUAUAUCCAUCUGUAGGCUUUCCUCAGAACACAGAAUGGUCGGUUGAAUGGAUGUUAGGUGAUGUGACAUGGUUUUUAGGAAGUUGUCUGAUUUCAGGAGAGUAUUUAAACUUCUAUAUUACAGAGGUAAAGCUAAGUGGCCUCUGAGAAAGUAUAUUCACAUAUAUAUUUUAUUGAGAGGUUGUGAUUGGCUGAUAGGUUGAGGUGACCGUGGUUACAGUUUGUGAAUGGAACACUGAUUGUAAAAAAAAAAAAAAAAAAAAAUCUUGCCUAUUGGCUAUGAUGUAAUAAAGGCUGAUUGGUUGAAAGUCACUAUGGGUUACAGUACAUGUAUGUGUGAUGAUCAGCAGUUGUGAUCAUGGAGAGGUCGAUGGUCAAUUGGCUGAUUGAUUUUGCAACUGCCUCCAAUAACAAUAAUUUUCCUGUUUCUCGUUCUGUGUAGGCCGAUGUAUUUAACAAAAACAAAUUAUACUACUGUGAAGUCUGAUUUUGUUUUUAUUUAUCAUCGCUAGAAUCAAGUCUCCUGUAAAAUAGUGAAACCUUAAGUAACUUUAUACCUUUUUAUGAAAUAUAAUUCUGCCACAAAAUAGCAACAUCAGUAUUGGAUCCAUGAUCAAAUCCUUCUUGAACCAAACGGAUAGCUCUGUCCAUGAAAUGGUGAUGUCAUACCAGCCCAUGAAAUGGUGAUGUCAUACCAGCCCAUGAAAUGGUGAUGUCAUACCAGCCCAUGAAAUGGUGAUGUCAUACCAGUCUAUGAAAUGGUGAUGUCAUAACAGCCCAUGAAAUGGUGAUGUCAUACCAGUCCAUGAAAUGGCGAUGUCAUACCAGCCCAUGAAAUGGUGAUGUCAUACCAGCCCAUGAAAUGGUGAUGUCAUACCAGUCUAUGAAAUGGUGAUGUCAUACCAGCCCAUGAAAUGGUGAUGUCAUACCAGCCCAUGAAAUGGUGAUGUCAUACCAGCCCAUGAAAUGGUGAUGUCAUACCAGCCCAUGAAAUGGUGAUGUCAUACCAGUCCAUGAAAUGGUGAUGUCAGCAAGGUCUGCACCAGCAUAUCUUUAACAGCCGACCCAUGGUAGCAGUCAGCCAUUAUAUCAACUCUGCACUGAUCUCCAGUCAGAAUGAAUGAUGGUAACAGGUCCCUAUUUGUGCGUACACAUUUCUUUUGUGUUUAGUUGACAUUUUAUUUCCUGCUUUUGGUUGACAAUCAUUCACCUCCUUUCCCAGAAUACAUUAAGAUCUGUUAUGGCUUCUUCUUUGGGUUCUUUUUCUUUUCCAGCAGUCAGAGUUAUUGAGUUGUCUGAUAGGUUUGCCUUUUACCUGCUUCUUUAUUCAACUUUUAUUGUACAUAUUUAUUCUCUAACAUGUUUCAUAUACUUGCAUCUUGAAAUGGAAUAAAAACUUUAUACUCCAA